AACUCCUCCCAUUGGCUGGUGCGUCCCGUCGGCCCUGGUGGUUGUUGUCGCGGUCACGCGCUCAGUUCCCGACCGGAGGCGGCGAGUUUUAGCAAAAACUCUCCAAAAUGCCAGAGGGUACAAAAAUGAUGGCGGUUCCCGAUGGAGGAGGAGGAGGUGCGGACCCAGCCGGCCUGGAGGAGCCUAAAAAAAUGACGAGGGAGGAUUGGAGGAGGAAAAAGGAGUUGGAAGAACAGCGAAAGUUGGGUAACGCGCCCGCCGAGGUGGAUGAAGAAGGAAAAGACAUUAACCCUCACAUUCCACAGUAUAUUUCAUCGGUUCCUUGGUAUGUGGAUCCUACAAAGAGGCCUACCUUAAAACAUCAAAGGCCACAAGAUGAGAAGCAGGCGGAAUACACGCCGAUGGGAGAAUGGUACAAGAAAGGUGUUAAGGAGGGUUCCAUUGCAAUAAAAUACCGUGACGGAGCAUGUGAGAAUUGCGGUUCUAUAUCACACAAGAAAAAAGAUUGCUUUGAGAGACCCAGAAGAGUUGGAGCAAGGUUCACUGGGACUAACAUUGCUCCGGAUGAAUACGAACAACCUAAGCUGCUGUUGGACUACGAUGGCAAAAGAGACCGAUGGAAUGGUUACAACCCAGAAGAACACAUGAAGAUCGUUGAAGAGCAUUCUAAAGUUGACUUGGCCAAACGUACGUUGAAGGCUCAGAAACUGCAGGAAGAGCUGGCCUCUGGAAAACUUUCAGAACAUGUGAACUCCCCAAGACACCAGUGGGGAGAUGAUGACCAGAAUACACCUACAGAGAGGGAUCACAACAGUGAAGAUGAGGAUGAAGAUAAGUAUGCGGAUGACAUUGACAUGCCGGGACAGAACUUUGAUUCCAAGAGGCGUAUUACAGUUAGAAACCUCCGUAUCCGAGAAGACACCGCCAAGUACCUGAGAAACCUGAAUCCUAAUUCUGCAUAUUAUGAUCCCAAAACGAGAGCCAUGAGGGAAAAUCCUUAUGCUGACGGAGGAAAAAAUCCAGAUGAGGUCAGUUAUGCUGGAGAUAACUUUGUCCGACACACCGGCGACACGGUCUCUAUGGCCCAGACACAGCUGUUUGCUUGGGAAGCCUAUGACAAAGGUUCAGAGGUUCAUCUACAGGCAGAUCCCACCAAGCUAGAAAUGUUAUGCAAAUCAUUCAAAGUAAAGAAAGAAGACUUCAAAGAGGACCAAAAAAAGAGCAUCUUGGAAAAGUAUGGAGGAGAAGAGCACUUGGACACACCACCCGUGGAACUUCUUCUUGCUCAGACAGAGGAUUAUGUGGAAUACUCCCGGCAUGGGACAGUUAUUAAGGGGCAAGAGAAGGCAGUUGUACGUUCAAAGUAUGAAGAAGAUGUUCUUAUCAACAACCACACGUGUAUAUGGGGCUCAUAUUGGAAAGAUGGCUACUGGGGAUACAAGUGCUGUCAUUCCUUCGUUAAGAUGUCUUACUGCACUGGCGAGGCAGGAAAGAGCGUAAUGAACACUGAUCUUUGUGAAGAGGACUUGAUAGAAACGGUGGAGGAAAUGCCAAAAACGUUAGUCGAGAUUCACCAAGACAACCUUAAAAAGAAAAAGAAGAAGAAAAAGCACCAUAAAAGUGGUGGUUCUGACAGUGACAGUGAGGAUAAGAAGAAGCAGGAAAAGCUAAAGAAGGCAUUAAAUGCUGAAGAAGCACGACUGAAGCAUGUAGAAGAGUUAUUACAGGUGGAUGAGAGGAAGAGGGCAUACAACAGCUUGUAUGAGUCACGCGAGCCAACCGAGGAAGAAAUGGAGGCUUACAGAAUGAAAAGACAGAGGGCAGAUGACCCAAUGGCCUCCUUCCUCGGGCAGUAGUUGUACUGUGACCACCAUGUAACUUGGAAAGCUUUGUACAUAUUUUACUAUCUAAUGGGGGGUGUGAUGGGGAGAUUUCUAAAACUAUAAUAAAACACAUUAAAAACUAA